AUGAUCGAAGCAGGUCCAGGCGCCGUCACUCGCGUCCUUCGCGUCCCAACCCGGAUGACCUUCCAGCAAUUGGCUGAAACCAUCAACACAGCCUUUGACUGGCAAGGUUUCCACGCCUACGAAUUCAAGCUCUGUAAGCCAUGCCGCAAACGUCUUCGAUGCAUGUGCGAGCUAUGCGAACCCACCGUUGCAAAGUUCAAUCAGCUCGUCAACGGAGUUGCUCACGUCGAUGAGUGGGCAGAGCAGUUUUACACCAACUUCGAUGCCGACAAGGUAGCUCUUUCGGACGUCUGGGGUCAAGAUGCUUGUCGUGGGAUGAAUGUGUGGUACAGGUACGACUUUGGCGCCAAUUGGCAGCAUCUGAUCCACUUCUUGGGCGAGGCAGAUGGCGGGUUGGGUCCAGCGAUGGCAGUGCCUCGUAGCCAGGAAAUUUGGUGCUUGAGUGGUGAGGGUCAUCCAUGGCCUGAGGAUAUGCAAGAGGAUAUGAUCGCGUGGACGCGCAGCCCGGCCACCAAUCUGUUUGAGUGGGACAGAGAGGCGGUCAACAAGGAGCUGCGCAAGCUGACGAUUUAG